AAUGCACAGAAGCAGAGCAGAAGGCUCAAGUCCUCUCGCGACCGUCGAAGACAUACAGAGACGCCUUCUUCGUCCUCCCUCUCUCCACUCUACUCCUCCAACCUCAUCCAUCUCAUCUCCAGAUGGCGUUCCAAGCAGCAAUUCCUCACAAUUUAAGGUGAGUUUCACGGAGUUCAAGACAAUGAAGAAGGAGAAGAAGAAGCUCGAGGAUUACCUGGAUCCUGUUCUUCUCUCCACGGUCUCUUCCAAGAUCGGCCGCGCGAAGAAGGUUCGUCCGGAGGCGAAGCCGAAGAAAGUGGCCAAGGAUUUCGAGUGGCCCGUCGAUGAAUUGAACGUGUUCAUGGCAGAUUCGAAGAGCGAGAACCGGGGCAAUUGGAGGAGCGACGAAGUUGUGGAUCUCAAGGACGAUUUGGAUCUGAUUGGCGACUCUGGAGAAGGUGAAGAAUCUUGCACUCCGUUUCGGCGUUUCGAGCGAACCGCGUUAUGUCGUUUCAAGGGACGCGGUUAAGCAUAUUGUUGGAUUGCAUCAGAAACGUCUCUGUACAUCUCUGUGAAAACGUUUUUUUUUUUUUUUUUUUUUGGCCUUUUUCAUAAAUACUGAUAUUUGCAUUUACAUAGGGAAAUGGAACA